AAAACUGUUGUUGUCCCCUCACUUACUCAACCACGAACGAGCCUCCUCAAAACUCACCACACAAAAAUUAAUUAAAAUUACGACAUUCUUUUCUCAUUUCCAAAUUUCCUGUUGGUUGGUCAUGUAGUAUUUUUUCAAAAUUGGACGCACAUUAAAAUCUGACAUCUUCAGAGUUAUCAUAGUGGGAUAACGCAUGGUCAUGGUAAAAUGUUAGUUCUUCCCAAUUUCUAGAGAGGACUUCGUGCGACAUUUCUAAUCAAACUUUCCUAAAAUUUAAUACGUAAAUUUUAAAUAAAUAAAUAAAUAAAACAAUAAACAUAUUUGACGUUUAAACUUAACAGAUGGUUGGCCAGUGCCAGAUUGUUUUUCAUUUUUGUACGGAUUUUUUGUUGUAAAAGUAACCGAAUUCAAAUUUGAUAAUUUGUGUUGCAACAUACUUGACAUCAAAUUACUCGGGUACAAUGGUGGAUGUGACGGAUAGAAUGGGUUCUUCCUCCCGAUAUCGUGCCCCCAUGGUUCGAGAAGGUUCCGGUCUUUCCGGUUCCUCCAGUAUUGGCUCCUCCACAAUCAAAGAUUUAAGAACGAUUUUAAGUGAGACGGAACCUCUGAGUGGCGUUCUCACACCCAAAGAGGUGGACGAAGUGAUGCAAACAACUGCCAAAAUUGUGGGCGAUACAAAUAUCGAAUGGACAAAGAGACUGAAUAUGUUGAAGACAUUUCGGAGUUUAUGCUGUGAUCCAAGUCAUCAUGCUCAGAUUGUUGCGUAUUUGAGACACUUGGGCCCACCUCUUCAAAAUGCCGUCAAGGAUCUUCGGUCUCAACUGGGAAGAGAAGCCUGUAUCACAGUGGCUCACAUUGCAGAACAGUUGGGGACAAAAGCAGAGUUCCUGAUUGAACCCAUGCUUCCAGCGCUGUUCAGCUUGUUGGUGGCCAACGCCAAAGUCGUAUCCAUUAUGGGAUCUUCUACAAUUCUUCUAGUUUUCGAAUCUAUUCCAUCGUGGAGGCUGCUUCCUCCUAUUCAAUCACAAAUGUUGUCCAAGUCGAAAGAAGUCCGACGUGCCGUGUGUUCGUGUAUUCGGAUUGUACUGCAUCAGUGGCCUCCUCCAACUAUUCAGAGGCAUGCUCACAUCAUUAACGACAUUAUGAAAAAGGGGCUUGUUGAUGCUGACGCUGAAGCAAGAAAUAUUUCAAGAGACUGCUUCACUGCGUUCCAGCGGUUAUUUCCGGGACUUGCCAAAUCUAUUUUGGACUCACUUGAACCACUGCAAAAACGCCAAUUAUUAUCUAAUAUUAGUAUGCAGACAACGAAUUCUAGACCUAGUGCUCCUACUUUUUCAGCACAAAGAACUAACGGAACCCAUCAAACGCCUCAAACUUCGUCAUUGUCCAGACAGGGUUCUAUGAAGAAAACCGGAAUACCCGUUUUGGCUGCGAGAACAUCCCCUGCAAAAACGGCAACGCCUGGGCGUUCUACUUCUGCAAUUGACUUGCAAGCGGCGAAUCGUGCAAAGCAACACCAUUUUAGUACCCUUCGAACCCCUUUGCGGACAAUGGGAAGAACAAACUCAUCCAUGGCGUCUCCGUCGGUAACUCCAAUGCAUGGCAAUCUCACACACACACCAGUUGGCAUAUCUGCAAUGACUCCAACCAAUGCGUACAACAUGUCUGGAGGAAGUGGAACAAAUGAAAGAUCCCGUAACAGAAGUAGAAUUUCUCGUUUGUCCCACUCACAACCUGGAAGCAGAAGCAAUUCUCCCUCUUCAAAGUAUUCAUAUGCAACUUAUUCCUCACCAUAUGCUCAGCAAACCCAGCAUGAUGGACGAGAAUCUAAUUUACCAGUAUUGUCACCUCCUGGUAAGGGAGUUAGAAGAUACUCUGCAACUUCUUCCGCGUCUAGCAGUAGAGAUACUUCACCCCAAGGUCGCAUGAACGCUAGGCUCCGUUCUCGAUCAGUUACCCAAUCUCCUCAGAUUCUGAUUCCAUCCAGUGCUAACAGCACAACACGACUACUAAUGGCUUCGCGAGAAGCUGAGUCUGCGGUGGCGGAAGCGCUUAGAAGAGAAAUCUCCGAGUUUGAUUUUGGAAAUCACAGCGACAGUGAAGAUUCACUAACAUCUCAUCGCUCGUUUUUGUCAGAAACAUUCUCUCCACCAAUCACUAGUCGUCAGUUGUUCGUAGAGGAUAACGUGGAAGAGUUAAUUAAUAAAUGUGGCAGUGCUAAAUGGUCUGAACGGAAAGAAGGUCUCCUUGGAUUGCAAAACUAUUUGCAACGUCGAGGCUCCCUCCCUCAACAAUAUUUUAAUAGAAUUGGCCAAACGUUUUGUCGUAUAUUUAUGGAUGCGCAUACAAAAGUGCUCAGCCUUUUCUUGGAUGUUCUACAUGCCGUUCUAUAUAGACACGCCAAAGAUUUGGUCGAUUUUACGACAAUUUUAUUAAAUCGAGUCUUGACGAAGCUGGGCUCUGAUUUAUUAACUUCUGUUCAAACUAAAUUAACGAAAACUCUAGAAAUUAUAAUGGAUGAGAUGCCUGCAGACUUGCAAUUUUCUGCAGUUGCUCAUUAUCUUUGUGAUCCAACUCAAACUCCAAAUAGUAGAUCAAGAGUUGCAGCACUUUGCCAUCUAUAUAAUUUAUCAACAUUGGCAAUUUCUGUAAAAGUUGACGAGCUUCUGCAUCUUGUUGAAAAAAUACUAGAUUGGUGCGGCGAUGUACGAUCACCAGAAUUACGUCGAAUGUCACAGAAAGUAUUCCAUGCGCUAUUUGAUAUGGCUGCACCACAAAUGACCUUGGUCUUAGGAAGUAUGUCGCCGCAUAGACAAGAUCAAGCCAAGGCCAUUUUGAAAAAUCAUGUAACUAAUGAAGAUUCUCCUCGAAAAGUGAAGCCACCUCCUCCCGCUUUCGAUGAACGAGUUAAUAUAGGUGGAGAAUGGAGCGCCAUAAGUUCCGAAUUACAAUCUUUGAAAAUUAGCCAAAACGAAUUUGAGAAUGAUUUGAUGGCCGUCAUGACGCAAAUGUCUAUGAGCAAUGCAAACACCAAAGGAACCUUAGCUGCGCAGUUAUUGAUAGCGAUUAAGGAGUCAGAUGACGCCAAAUUAGUAGAGCAUCACAAGGAGGUGUUAAAAAUCAUAUUCGACACUUUAGCUGAGGUUACAAAGCCGUUGGACAAAGCAGUGUGCUUUUAUUGUUUGGAAGAGUUAUGUAAUCGAACUGUACUAGCGACCCACUUGGCUGCCUUUGCUGAACUUUUCAUUGUACGAGUUACCGACGUCCAGACUCCUCAAAUGGCUCGAGAGGUCACAAAGGCUGCAGAAAAUUGUGGCAUGUCUUUAGCCGUCAAUUUUCCCCCAGAAAUACUAGCACGAGCUCUAUGUCCAAUUGUGCAAAAUCGAGAGUUUCCAGUCAACCAGAUGGCUAUAAAAAUGCUACAACGAAUGUGUGAAAUUUGUGACAUUACUAAGCUUCGAUCAUUGUUUCCCGAUAUAAUUUCCACGUUAAUAAUAGCUUAUGAUCACCACGAUUCCGCAGUUAGAAAAGCUGCCGUAUUUUCAAUAGUUGCAAUUCACACAAGAUUGGGCACUGAUUUAGAUCCAUACCUCAGUUCUCUAAGCGGAUCGAAACUAAAACUUCUCCAACUUUACAUACAAAGAGCUCAGCAAGGUCAGACAGGAAAUGCGAGCUGAUUAUCAACUAUAAAAUCCAAACCCUGUCGAUAUCCGAGAAAAUAUCUGUCCAUGAAAUUGAGGAUGAGACGCCACAGAGGAGGAGACUUUACUUCUACCAUGUAAAUGCCAGAGAGUUGGCUUGACUUUUCGCUACCUGAUGAUUCAAGAUAUAAUAUAACUUCAAUCACCCGACUAAUAACUUAUAUAAAUAAUGAACUUGUAUUACCACUAUUAUUAUAAUUAAAAUACAACAAUAAUUGCUUACAAAUGUUUCUCAACUACCAAAAGUCACGUCGCCUGUUUUGCUUGAAAAUGUUUGCUUGUAUGUUAACAUAAUGUUAUAUAAUGUGUAUGUUGAAUUGUGCAAAUUCUAAACACCAACGGGCAACGAAAGAAAAUAAUAAAACACAAAUCUGACAUUAAA